AAUAGAUCUUCCAUUUCAUCUUCAUCCUGCAGAAAAGCAUAAGAGAAAAAACUCGUGCUUUUUAAAUCGACAUUCAUGGAGUAUAGUGUAUGCACGCAAUACUAUCUCAUAAAAAAUGUAAAAUUAUCGUACGUCGUACAUUCGUAAAUCAGUCAUGUGAUAGAAUAUUGUGCGUAUGCGCAGACGAUCGUUCAAAAAAUUACAAUUUCAUGUUGAUGAUUAUUCGAAAUAUGAUCGCUGUUACCAGCGAGAUUGCGCAUCUCGUUGAAAAUAUAUCUCAUAAAAGAAAUAUGAUUUGCAAUUUCGACAUUGUUCAAUAUGGAUGAACCGCAUUUACAGAGCGAGGUUACGCUCAAUCAGCUGUUGCUAACAGCUGUUAGCUGCAUCAGACCUAACGCGGUCUCGGACCUAAGGUCAUCAAGUGGGAAAGUAUAUUAUAUGAAUAUGCGUUGACUUUGACUCGCUAACAUCAUACGCAGACCGACACCUGCGAGAUUCAACACGAUCGCGCCUGGCGAUUCGGAGAGUCACGAGAUUCGAAUCCGUCAUAACAGACCUAUACAUCCAAUAAAAUGCGACGUGAUUAUCAUCAUGGAACGUGAAAGUAUCACAAUGGGUGAAACCGGCGGGAUGGCCGCAAUUUUGAAUAAUGAUCUGGAGUUUUGGAUGACACGACUUCCGGCACCGCUCAAGGAUAUAUCUAUAAUACAUCUGGCGAUACCCGGUUCUCAUGACACCAUGACUUAUACGAUUGAAAAACGCAACGACGUGGGACCGGACGAACCAGCCUUCAUUCGUACGCUCGGCCGUUACUGCUCCUUCAUUGCCAAGCCCAUUAUUCUAAAUUGGUCUAUUACACAACGCGACGAUGUCAAGCAGCAGCUCAACGGCGGAAUCCGAUAUCUCGAUUUGCGUGUCGCUACGAAACCAGAAAGCAAGGACGUAUACUUCCUUCACGGUUUGUAUGGCUCGGAGAUUAGCAAGCCGCUUCUGGAUGUUGCCGAUUGGCUUACCUCGCACGCGAAUGAGAUCAUCAUUCUCGACUUUCAACACUUCUACGGCUUCAUGGACGAUGAUCAUCAUCGUUUCAUAGAGAGGAUAUAUCAGAUCUUCCGCGAGAAAUUGUGCCCGGUUUCCUCUACAUUCGAUCACAUAACGCUGAGAUGGCUCGUCGCGAAUCGAUAUCAAAUGUUUGUGAUUUACAGGAACGUUUACGCGCACAAUUACGCGAACCUAUGGCCAUCCGAUCUCUGGCAUACCGUGUGGCCCAACACUGUCCGCGUGGACGAACUGAUCGAUUUCUUGAAUAUCGAGCUGCAGAACAGAUCCUUGGACAUCGCAUUCGUAUCGCAAUGCCUAUUGACGCCGGAUACUUCUUACGUUUUAAAACAUUUGUGCGGUACUUUGCAAAGGGAUCUGGUGCCCCUCUGUCAGAAGGCGAUUCUCUCUUGGAUAAAUCAGAAACGACCUGGCCACGGCGGACUGAAUAUAGUUAUAGCGGACUUCGUAUCAGACAGCAACUUUCUAUUUUCCAAAACUGUAAUUCAGAGCAAUACAAAACUCCUGUCCAAUUCUGAAAGUUUUUUAGACUAAUCUCAUGUCUACCGCUUAAGAGUACAAAUGUGCAACACAGCCUUUAAAUAUUAACACAUCUCGUUCCACUUUAUAUAUAUAAUAUAUAUUCAUCUGGUGAUGAGUAAAUAUCACCCAAAAACUGUAGAUUAUUCAACAUAUGAUAACAGUGAUAAAACUAACGUGAAACAAGUUGAGGCUAUUUAAUAUUUAAAUUUUUAAGAUGUAUAUUUCUAACUUACACCGGUCUAUUGUAGUCGCAGUUAUACAUAUUUAAGCUAAACACGUUAUUUGGAAAACAGACAUUUAAUUAAUCUUAUAUACAAUAAAUAAUAUGUAUAUUUCUGCCGAUUUGCACUCUAGGAUAAGCUCCAGUCUGAUUCUUAUUACAAUACUUUCUCUUCAUAUACAAUAUGUUUGAUGGAUUCUUAAUAACAUAAAAAGAUACUAGAUUCCAGAUACGGAGAAGAAAGUUUCUUGAAAUAUUAGUAUGGAUAUCUUUUGAAUAUAAAUAUUACUUAAAUGUUAGCAUUAAAGGGAAACGAUUUCAUUGCUAUCUUAUCAUAUUGUUGGUAUGUAACAUCAAAAGAGAUAUAGCAGCAUUUCUAAUGUAUGAGUAGUAGUAGAUGCUAAAUUUUUAUUAUAAUUCUUGUUUCAACAGGAGAAAUAUUAUAUAUCUCUAUCAUACUUAAGUAUACAAGCUGGCAGUAGAGCAAAUAAAGUAUACGUCACACAACAAA